ACGGUUAAAGAGAAACAAGGAGAAAAAGCUACGUCUUCUCUCUCUGUCUUCUCCGGUCUUCCUCUCUGUCUAGUUCCUAUCCGUAAGAAGCCAACCCUAACUCUCACGAGCGAGAGAGCAGGCGAGUACCUGCUGAUGCUGAUCAGAUGAUGAUGAUGAUGGAUAAGCGAGAUGAGGAGACGAUGGAGGAACCGGCCGCCGAGAUCCCGCUGCCGUUCUCCGCGCAGUCGCCGUCCACCUUUCCGCCCCCGAGAGGGACGUUCCUCGAUGCUGAUGGCGCGGACAGGGGCUUCCUCGAGCUGAUCGGCCUGCAGGAGCUGCACCAGUCGUCCUUCCUGUUCCAACAACCGGCCGCAAGAGCGACGUGUGUGGCGUCUGCUCCUCCUCCGGUCCAAGCGAAGUCCUCCGACGCGGUUAACUUCCCUGCGAACCCGUCGUCGAUGUCGUGCUCCUCGACCGAGACGGGCGCCAACCCGACCAAGCCCGCCACCGCGGGGGAGGCGAACGAGCAGGAGGCCGAGACGAAAGAGAGAUGCAAGGAGGAAGGAGGGAAGAAGAAGAAGAAGAAGGGGCAGAAGCCUCAGAAAGAGCCGAGAUUUGCGUUCGAGACGCGGAGCGAGGUCGACCACUUGGACGACGGUUACCGGUGGCGCAAAUACGGACAGAAGGCCGUCAAGAACAGCCGCUUCCCCAGGUAUUAUUUGCUCCCUCUGCCACUCCAUCUCCACCGCGCUACCCUAACUUGCUGCAAUCAUGGCCUGACGCUUCUUCUGUCGGCUCUCUGCUGCAGGAGCUAUUACCGCUGCACCAGCGCAACAUGCGGCGUGAAGAAGCGGGUGGAGCGGUCAUCGGACGAUCCCGCCGUGGUGGUGACGACGUACGAAGGGCAACACAACCACCCCAGCCCCGUCGUGCCGCGCGGCGCCCACCAUGCGCCACCUCCCCCGCCUCCGCUCCUCCCGGCGGAGCCGUCCAUGCCUCCCCCGCUUGGGUUUGUCUUUUCGCCGCCGGUGAACACGAAGGAGUUCCAACUCCCCCUGCUCAGCAGCUACCUCGCGCCUCCCCCGCUUGAUUUCAACCGUUCAGCCGCCCCACGGACCCUCGUGGUGACCUCCGAUCUCACCGCCUCCAUCGAGGGCCGCAAUCAGACGGCCGAGUCCGCGAUCAGGGACGACGGGCUGCUGCAGGACUUGAUACCGUCAGAGAUAAGAAAGGAGGAGUAGUCGUAGAGUUAUGGUACGUUGGUCGACCUUCUCCUGACAGAGAUUGGUGUUUUCUCCUCCAUUUUAGGAGAUUUUUCCUACAAUAUUUUCCUCUGACUCCGAUCAGUUGGAUAAAGAAAUCAUAGCCGUUCUUUCCCGUAUGCACAGAUUACCUACUGCUGCUGAUUAUGUUGUAUUACUUACUCUCGGUAACUCUCUGUAUAUUGAGUUGUUUAUCUAAACCUUUCAGUUGAAA